CCUCAAAGAGACCCGAGUAGCCACAACUACAUUUGAAACAUCUUUCCAGUCAUUCACAACCGGAGCAACUUUCGGCGGCAACCAUGGGCGGGCGGGCCGAUCUGCAUUGCUGAUCACUCGCUCGAUGAUGAGUAGCUGAAGCCUUUCAUCCCUAAACAUCAGGUUUAAUUCCCAACCUGUUCUUUAUAGUUCCUCCAGUUUGGUUGUUUCGUUGGUCCAAAGAAAAAAUGGGUAUAGACGCUAAAAGGAAAUCAGGGUAUAUUAAUUCCAUGUUGAACGACGAUUUACUUGCCCAAAUCCUUAACAAGGUCGACCAGGAAGAAGGUAGAAAAUCAUUCUCCGAGGUGUGCAAGCAAUGGUUAACAGUUGAGCGUCUAAGCCGAACAUCACUUCGGGUUUGCCGACCCAUGUUCCCAUUGGAGCUACUGACUAAGUUCCCAAACUUGGUCGAUUUCAGAACAACACGGGAGCUUACCAAAAAAAGAAAAAGGCGAAAUAAACAAGCAUGGUUUUAUCCACCGACUGACACCCGACUCGAAUUCAUUGCCAAAACAUGUCCCAAACUCGAGACCUACAUGGCGAGCUUUUAUGAAACUAGACAUGUCCAAAGUGAUGGUCAUUUGGGGACGGAAGGUCUACGAGCUUUGGCCAUUGGGUGUCCUAAAUUGUCCAGACUUAUGUUUCAGGGUAGCAAGGUUGUAGGGAAUGCUGGAGUUGAUGCGCUUUUUCAAUCAGCACAUAACUUGAAGUCUUUGCAUUUGGAUGUUAACUCUCUCAUCUCUGAUCAUGCAUUUAGAGCAAUUGGGUCGUCUUCCAUAAGCACGUUGGAGUUAACAUACUGUCCGAAUGUUACUGAUGUCGGAUUGGGAUUCCUGGCAAAUGGAUCUAUCUCUAGAACCCUCAGGAAAUUGGUCCUUGAGCGUUGCCGUGGAAUCACUGAUACUGGGAUCCAGCUUUUGGUCAACUUGCGUAGCUUAGAGCACCUCGAAUUGACCGGCUUCAACCAAGUGACUGAUAUUGGAGGUGUGGCAAUCUCAACAAUUCAAACCCUCAGGGAAUUGAAAUUGAGUGCCAUUUGGAAGUUGUCAGACCGUACAUUUUUUGCUCUUGCUGAGAAUUGCCGCAACUUGGAAGUACUUGUUUUGCAUCAUACAGGGUUGAAUGCACCUGUAACCAGAGCUAGCAUUCAUCCAUUUUCAAGACAUAAAUGCUUGAAAUACCUUGCAUUGCAUGGUUUCAGCAACUUAGAUAAGUCUGAUCUGGAAAUAGUGCUUGGAUGCCCCUCAUUGGAGUCUCUGGUGUUAGACAAGUCGUUAAUUGGUACUUUCGGAUUGAUGCAUGGGAACAGCGUUGGAAGAGUGGUCAAAUUUGAAUCCAUUCAUAAUCCCCUUCUCCAUUUCAUCCCCACUGUGUGGUAAAGCGUCCCUCCGUCUUAUUUUGUGAAGUCGAAUUUCAAAUGUGUUUUGUCGGUCAUAUGCUUUUGAUUACAUUGGAUGAUGUCAAGGAAUGAUCUUUCUGUUUGUUUCUGUAUGAAAUGGAACAUCUUCUAUGUGUAUCAUGUAUUUGAAAGCUGUUGCUAAUGAGUGAGAGUUUGUUAUUAUAUUAAUAUGGCUGCUUGGUAAAUGUUUGAUGUUAUCAUAUAUUCUGUAUUUUCAUUUUCUGUAUCCCUUCCAUAAAGGGCUAGUUUUGUUUAGUUAAUAGUCUGUGAAACUUGUGUUCCUCAGUUGUUGAUUAAGUGAAUUCCCAUUGUUUUCUUAAGUAGAAGUUCCAGAUUAUUUUUUUUGGAGGGUUUGCCAAUGCAGCUUUAACAUAUCUGAACGACUUUUGUUGGAGAUUUGUUGUGAAAGACUUUUAUUGUUUUU